AACUGUUAGCCUCAUGCUAAGAGCGGUGACUGGCUGUUGCUUCUACGCCUCUCUUGUCCCCUACCGUUCGGCGUGUGUGCCCCCCUAAACAUGGCGGCCGUUAGAGUCUUGUGUCGAGCCGAUACUUUAAAACACCUGUCCCGUCCUUGCAGAGCCGCCUUCAACUUUGACAAGCGUCCAUUGAGCAAGACAUGCAGCUGCUACAUUUCUACCUCCAACCAGAGAAGUUCACAGUUCUACUCCAAUCCGACAGAUGCGGUCAAAGACAUCCCGGACGGAGCAACUGUACUGGUGGGAGGCUUUGGAUUAUGUGGCAUCCCUGAGAAUCUCAUCAGCAGUUUACUGAAGACCGGCGUGAAGGGUCUCACUGCAGUCAGCAACAAUGCCGGAGUGGAUAACUUCGGCCUGGGUCUGCUCCUUCAGACCAAGCAGAUCAAGAGAAUGAUCUCAUCUUACGUCGGGGAGAAUGCAGAGUUUGAGCGACAGUAUCUAUCUGGAGAGUUGGAGGUGGAACUGACUCCACAGGGCACCCUAGCAGAGAGAAUCCGAGCUGGGGGUGCAGGGAUUCCUGCGUUUUUCACCGCUACCGGCUAUGGCACUUUGAUCCAGGAAGGAGGAUCGCCUAUUAAGUACAACAAGGAUGGCAGCAUUGCCAUUGCCAGUAAAAAACGCGAGGUGCAGGAGUUUAAUGGCAGACACUACAUUAUGGAGGAGGCCAUCACUGGAGACUUUGCACUGAUCAAGGCAUGGAAAGCUGACAGGGCUGGAAAUGUUGUUUUCAGGAAAACAGCCAGAAAUUUCAACCAGCCCAUGUGCAAGGCAGCCAAAACCACCAUAGUUGAGGUAGAAGAAGUGGUGGAUGUUGGGACUUUUGCUUCAGAGGACAUCCACAUCCCAAGUAUCUACGUUCACAGAAUUGUCCAGGGAGGCAGCUAUGAAAAGAGGAUUGAGAAACGCACAGUUCAGAAAAGCCAAGAGGAGAAGCCCAAACCAAAGAAAGAUUCCGAUAUUGUUCGGGAAAGGAUAAUUCGCCGUGCAGCUUUGGAGUUUGAGGAUGGGAUGUAUGCUAACCUUGGUAUUGGCAUCCCCAUGUUGGCCAGCAAUUUCAUCAAACCAGACAUCACUGUGCAUCUGCAAAGCGAAAAUGGCAUUUUAGGAUUGGGCCCAUACCCCUCUGACACUGCAGUAGAUGCAGACCUGAUUAAUGCUGGCAAGGAGACUGUCACAGUGCUCCCUGGAGCUGCCUAUUUUUCCAGCGAUGAGUCAUUUGCCAUGAUCCGAGGUGGUCACAUCAACCUGACAAUGCUGGGAGCCAUGCAGGUGUCAAAGUUUGGAGACCUUGCCAACUGGAUGAUUCCGGGUAAGAUGGUGAAAGGAAUGGGUGGAGCGAUGGAUUUGGUGGCCAGUGCUGGAACCAAGGUCGUGGUCACCAUGGAGCACUCAGCAAAGGGGGGUAAACAUAAGAUAUUGGACAAGUGCCUCCUCCCUCUGACGGGAAAGCAGUGUGUGGAUCGGAUCAUCACAGAAAAGGCCGUGUUUGAUGUGCAUAAGACUAAAGGUCUUACCCUGAUAGAAGUGUGGGAGGGACUCACUCCAGACGACAUCAAGGUGUGCACCGGUACAGAUUUUGAGGUGUCUCCCAACCUGAGGCCAAUGCAGCAGAUCUAGAAGUGUAUAUCUCAUCGUGUGUUAAGGUUGAAGACCCACGAGCCUAAAGACAGGUCAAAGCGCUUUUUUAUUAAACGGCAAGCAAUCAGAAGGAUUUGUCAUCAAACAAUUGUAUAUCAUUAAUUCCUGCCGCAGAAUAAUCUUUCUGAAGGUGCUUCUAGAGCAGAGAUUAUUCUUUUCAUGUCAGUCGAAGUAAAACCGAAGUAGUGCUUAUGCUGCAGUAAAACUUGAAAGAACUAUUUACUUUUAUUCAAAAGGGAGUAAACGAAAGUGUGCUCUGUCUCAGGUGAGCCGUAAUUCGGCAUGCAAUGAAAUGUCAAUGUAGCAAGCAUGUAUAUGUAUAUAUACUUAUAUAUGUUUAGUAUUUAUAUAUACUUAUAUAUGUUUAGUAUUUAUAUAUACUUAUAUAUGUAUAUAUACUUAUAUAUGUUUAGUAUUUAUAUUUAUAUAUACUUAUAUAUGUUAAGUAUGUAUAUAUACUUAUAUACAGUAUGUUAAGUAUGUAUAUGUGUAUAUACCUACAUAUGUUAAGUAUGUAUAUGUAUAUAUACUUAUAUAUGUUAAGUAUGUAUAUACAGUAUAUACUUGUAUAUGUUAAGUAUGUAUAUGUAUACAUACUUAUAUGUUAAGUAUGUAUAUGUAUAUAUACUUAUAUAUGUUAAGUAUGUAUAUAUAUACUUACUGUAUAUAUGUUAAGUGGGGAUAGGUUGAUUGGCAACACAAAAUUGGCCCUAGUGUUUGAAUGUGAGUGUGAAUGUUGUCUGUCUAUCUGUGUUGGCCCUGCGAUGAGGUGGCGACUUGUCCAGGGUGUACCCCGCCUUCCGCCCGAUUGUAGCUGAGAUAGGCGCCAGCGCCCCCCGCGACCCCAAAAAAGGGAAUAAGCGGUAGAAAAUGGAUAUAUAUGUUAAGUAUGUAUAUGCAUAUAUACUUUUAUAUGUUAAGUAUGUAUAUAUACUUAUAUAUGUUAAGUAUGUAUAUGUAUAUAUACUUAUAUAUGUUAAGUAUGUAUAUGUAUAUAUACUUAUAUAUGUUAAGUAUGUAUAUGUAUAUAUACUUAUAUAUGUUAAGUAUGUAUAUGUAUAUAUACUUAUAUAUGUUAAGUAUGGAUGGAUAUAUAUAUAUAUAUAUACUUAUAUAUUUUAAGUAUGUCUAUGUAUAUACACUUAUAUAUUUUAAGUAUGUCUAUGUACAUACAGUGUAUACUUAUAUAUGUUAAGUAUAUACAAGUGUACAUACUUAUAUAUGUUAAGUAUGUGUAUGUAUAUAUAUUCAUAUUUGUUAAGUAUGUAUAUGUGUAUAUACUUAUACAUGUUAAGUAUGUAUAUAUAUAUUUAUAUAUGUCAAGUAUGUAUAUAUAUAUAUGUAUACUUAUAUAUAUUAAGUAUGUGUAUAUAUAUACUACUAUAUGUUAAGUAUGUAUAUGUAUGUAUACUUAUAUAUGUUAAGUAUGUAUAUGUAUGUAUACUUAUAUAUGUUAAGUAUGUAUAUGUGUGUAUACUUAUAUAUUUUAAGUAUGUAUAGGUAUAUAUACUUAUAUAUGUUAAGUAUGUAUAGGUAUAUAUACUCAUAUAUGUUAUGUAUAUGUAUAUAUACAUAUAUUUGUUAAGUAUGUAUAUGUAUACGGAGCGUGUAAGUAGCUCAGUCACCUGUCAGAUUGUACAAAAAUUGAAAUGUAAGCCAAAUACGCAAAAAAAAACAAUAAAACCAAGCCCUAAUUUUCUGUCUCAAGUCCAGUCUGCUUCUGAUUUUGUGUAAGCAAUAAAAUGUUUCUGUUGUCCAAA